GACAGUUUCAAGCCAUUUCCAAUGGUUCGUGUGUUGUGCGAGUAUAAACACAUUAUUUAUUAUCGACCGAACUGAAUUCACAUUAUUUUUUAUUAAAAUUUCGACAAAAACUCACCGCGAUUCAUUAAUUGCGGUCAUAAAAUUGAGUUUAUUUUAUUUGCUUUUAUUUGUUUGUUUUUCGUGAAUUGAAAUUCAUAUACUUCACCGCCACUGACAAUGUCGGCUGAUGUUAGAGAUAUUUUGGAGUUAGAACGACCUGCUACACCAGAAUUAACGAAAGAAGCACUAUGGAGCAAACAAAAGAGAUCGAUCAACGAAAUAACUCGCACCAAAUCAGUCAAGCGGCCGGAAGGAAUGCAUCGCGAAGUGUACGCUUUGCUGUAUAAUGAUAACAAAGAUGCACCGCCUCUCAUGCAAACCGACACCGGUUUAGGCUAUAAGCAGGUCAAAGCAAGAUUGGGUAUGAAAAAUGUUCGGAAAUGGGAAUGGCAACCGUUUAAUAAUCCAGCACGCACAGAUGGUGCAAUAUUUCAUCAUUGGCGCCGCAUUGCUGACGAUCAAAAAGAAUACCCAUUCGCUAAGUUCAACAAGAAACUCAACAUUGUCUCAUACACAAAUAACGAGUACAACACACAUCUGCGAACCAAUCAAUCGAAGUGGUCAAAAGCUCAGACCGACCAUUUGUUCGAUCUGGCACGUCGAUUCGAUUUGCGGUUCGUUGUGAUGGCCGAUCGGUGGGAUCGGGCCAAUUUUGGCACCAAAACCGUUGAAGACCUCAAAGAACGGUACUAUGAAGUUAUUGGCGUUUUGACUAAGGUUAAAGCAACUGCUGACAAGAAAGCAUUCAAUUUUGAUGCCGAACAUGAACGAAAACGUAAAGAGCAGAUGAAAAAAUUGUUGGAUCGAACACAGAAAGAUAUCGAAGAAGAGCAAAUGCUGUUGAACGAAUUGAAGAAAAUUGAAGCGCGCAAAAAGGAACGCGAUCGUAAAACACAAGAUUUACAGAAAUUGAUUUCACAAGCUGAUCAGCAAGGUGAAGCGCCACAGACGCCAACUAGCUCUCGCAAACAAGACAAAAAAAUUAACAAAAAGAAGAUGCCUAAUCAAGUUCGGCCGUCUCGUGUUGAUUUCGUUGUGAAUGCUGUUGAAAGUGCCGGAAUUAAAUUCAACGACUUAAGAGGAACUGGCGUAUCACCACGUUCGAUGAAAAUGAAAUUACCAGCGAGUGUUGGUCAAAAGAAAGCGAAAGCGUUAGAGCAAACAUUGGCCGAGUUCAAAGUGGAUCCAGCACCGCCGCCAACUGAAGAAAUUUGUGUUGCAUUCAAUGAGCUGCGAUCAGACUUGGUGCUGUUGAGCGAAUUGCGUUCAGCUCUAACCACUUGCACAUGUGAAUUGGAAAGCCUGAAACUUCAAUAUGAAACAGCUUGUCCGGGUAAAACAUUAAACAUACCAGCGGUUUUGGCCGUGCCGCCAACUAACGAUGACACAACACUGUCAACUGGAAUGGAUACAAGAAGCUCAUCUGGCUUCACUAGAGCGAGUCGCCAUUAAUAAUAUUUGGACCGAUCCAUAAAUUUCCAUGUAUUUUAACUCAUUAAGUGUAUCAAUAAAAGCCAUUUCGGCAAUGGCAGAGAAAGAAA